UUCCUACACACAAAGGUGGCGUUACAUCACAAUUGAAGCCCCUUAUUUCCCCCUUUAUUCUUUGGAGUUCCCCUUUUUGCUCCUCCACUCCAAAAGAACUCCCAACCUAUUUCAGGCACAUAAAAAGCUUCACAUCUUCCCUAACUCAGAAACUUCCCCUCAAUUUCCACACCUCAAGAAUCAAAUUCCUUUCUUCAGUUUAUUCUUCUCACCCCACCCCACCCCACCCAAUUGAGCUCUACAAUAUGCCCUUAACCUGGUUGAGCAAUAUGGGUAGCCGGGUCAGCUCGUCGGCUAAACGGAGCAACGGCGGUGUAAAGAGUGGAAAAACGGGUGGCGUAGGGAAAGAAGCGUCGGUUAAGAAGAGUGACAGCGGCGGGGGAGGAAGUAGUCGUGGGAAGUCGUUGUGGCGGCCUGAGACGAAGGUUAAUUUUCCGAAGAAAUAUGGUUUCAUAGCGGAUAACUUCUCCUCUGUUGACCAGGUUACCUCCGCAUUGAGGAAAGAAGGAUUAGAAUCGUCGAACCUCAUCGUCGGAAUUGAUUUCACCAAAAGCAACGAAUGGACAGGUGCAGUAUCCUUCAAUAAACGGAGCUUGCACGCCCUUUCCGAUUCUCCUAAUCCCUACCAGAAGGCUCUGUCCAUCAUCGGGAAAACUCUGGCUCCCUUCGAUGAAGACGGCUUAAUUCCUUGCUUCGGUUUCGGUGACGCUACGACGCACGAUCAAUUGGUGUUCAGUUUUCACAAUGACAAUUCACCAUGCCAUGGAUUUGAAGAAGUUCUUGACUGUUACAAAAACAUAAUUCCCAAUGCUCAACUUUCAGGACCAACUUCUUACGGUCCUGUUGUUGAAGCUGCAAUGGAUAUCGUGGAGAAGAGUGGUGGCCAAUUUCAUAUUCUUCUCAUUGUUGCUGACGGACAGGUUACUCGAAGCUCCCUUUUUCGCGAUGGUGAAUUGAGCGCUCAAGAGGAGAAAACAAUCAAAGCAAUUGUGGAUGCAAGUGCAUAUCCUCUUUCAAUCAUUCUGGUUGGAGUUGGAGAUGGUCCUUGGGACGACAUGAAGAAGUUUGAUGACAAGAUUCCAGCUCGCGAUUUCGAUAAUUUCCAGUUUGUUAACUUCACUGAAAUAAUGUCGAAAAACAUUGGCGUGGCGGAAAAAGAAGCAGCUUUUGCUUUAGCUGCAUUAAUGGAGGUUCCUUUCCAGUACAAAGCAGUCACAGAAAUGGGUCUUAUGGGACGUGUGACAGGGAAAGCAAGACAUAUUGUGCCACGACCCCCACCGACAUGUUAUACUCGUUCUACACGACUUACUUCUACACCAAGCGACACCUCCUCAACUUCUGCAUCUGAUGAACAUAGUCAGGUCUGCCCCAUUUGCUUGACCGCGGGAAAGGACUUGGCCUUUGGAUGCGGCCACAUGACUUGUAGGGAAUGUGGAUCAAGAUUGUCCAAUUGCCAUAUAUGUCGUCAGCCUAUCAGAAACCGAAUAAGGCUGUAUACUGGGUGAUCAGAUCGCAGCAAGUGGACAGUGAAAUGAUGUCAAUGUUAAUCAGGAAUCUUGUAGGGAAUGUGGAUCAAGAUUGUCCAAUUGCCAUAUAUGUCGUCAGCCUAUCAGAAACCGAAUAAGGCUGUAUACUGGGUGAUCAGAUCGCAGCAAGUGGACAGUGAAAUGAUGUCAAUGUUAAUCAGAUGAAAUGAUGUACAGGAAUCUAGGGUUAGACGAUUAAGUGUAUGUCAUAUGGAUAGAACUAGGAUUGUUCAACUUUAGGGUGUAACUAGGGUUGUUCUAUUUUAGGGUAUCUUUUGUGUGUGUGUGGUGAGGUUCUAAUUCCCAACGGAUGAGGACCUUGAUGUGCAUACAGAAAAUUAACAAUGUGCUCCGAAGUCCUAUGUAGUUGUAAAAACAAUGUAGUAUAGUUUUUGACUCCGUAUCAAUACUUUGUGAUGAAAAAAGGAUUUGACAUUUUCUUUGUUUUGUUUGUAA